ACUCCAAUAAACCAGACUAACCGAGCCUGCAUGCCCACUCGUCAUCCUUCACUUCGCUUUUUCCCCCUACAAGCACCUAUAUAUAUAUACCUAAUAUAUCCACAGAUACCUAAAUAAGAAAAAGGUAAUCGAUGACGAUGAUGAUCAAUCCAGAUGUAGAUCUCAUCGAUCGUGGCGGAUCGGUCGUGGUUCGUGAGGUCUGGGCUUACAAUCUCGUCUCUGAGUUUCACCUCAUCAGCGCUGUCGUCGAAGAUUUCCCCUACAUUUCCAUGGACACGGAGUUUCCCGGCGUGAUCUUCAAGGCGGAGCCAGCGAUUCUCCGCCGUGGAAACCCUGGUUAUCUCUACAAGCUUCUCAAAUCCAACGUCGACGUCCUCAGCCUCAUCCAGGUCGGCAUCACUCUCUCCGACGCCGACGGAAACCUCCCGGAUCUCGGCGGAGGCGUCGACGGGAGCCGCUUCAUCUGGGAGUUCAAUUUCCGCGACUUCGACGUGGAUCGCGACGCGCACGCGGAGGAUUCGAUCGAGCUCCUCCGUCGCCACGGGAUCGAUUUCGAGCGUAACCGCAGCGAAGGGGUCGUGUCGGAGAGGUUCGCGGAGCUGAUGAUGUCGUCGGGGCUGAUCUGCAACGAGUCGGUGAGCUGGGUGACGUUCCACAGCGCGUACGAUUUCGGUUACCUCGUGAAGAUCCUCACGCGCCGGGAGCUUCCGAGUUCGCUGCGAGACUUUCUCCGGUUGCUCAGAGCGUUUUUCGGGGAGCGAGUGUACGACGUGAAGCACAUGAUGAAGUUCUGCGAGCGGAGAUUGUACGGCGGUUUGGACCGGUUGGCUCGGUCGCUUGAGGUAAACCGGAAGGUUGGUAAAUGUCAUCAGGCCGGUUCGGAUAGUUUGCUGACGUGGCAUGCGUUCCAGAGGAUGAGGGACUUAUACUUCGCUGAGCAUGGGCCGGAGAAACACGCUGGUGUUUUGUACGGUUUAGAGGUCUUUUGAAGAGGCGGCUAUUGGAAUUGAAUUAAUUAACUUCAAUUUAAUCAUUGUAGUUAAUGUUAAACCGUUUAUAAACUAGUUGGGUUAUUUGGUUUUCUA